UUCUAAUUCUCCUAGAGUUUCAAUAUUCCCUUUCAAACUUCCACAACCAUUUUCACACCUUAUAACAUCUAAAUUUAGUUUUUGUUGCAUUCUUCGCAUAUACAUAUAGUUUCUUGUGCUAUGAAGAGGGCAAGAGAGGUUGAUAGCAUAACCAUGGCAAAUUGUUUGAUGUUACUUUCUCGUGGAAGUGAUCAAUUUGAAGCCACAUAUUCAUCUACCACUUCAAACAAUCGUGUGUUUGAAUGUAAAACAUGUAAUAGACAAUUUCCUUCAUUUCAAGCCCUAGGUGGUCAUAGGGCAAGUCACAAGAAACCAAGGUUGAUGGGAGAAAAUAUUGAUGGUCAAUUGCUACAUACACCCCCAAAGCCUAAAACACAUGAGUGUUCUAUUUGUGGAUUGGAGUUUGCAAUAGGACAAGCUUUAGGUGGCCACAUGAGGAGACAUAGAGCUGCAAAUAUGAACGGAAAUAAAAACAUGCACAAUUCUAAUAAUACUAUGAGUUGUAGCAGUGGUGGUGGUGGUGAUAGUAGUAUCGAUUCUUCACAAAAGAUGAAAGCUAGAAACAAGAGAGUUUUGGUUUUGGAUUUGGAUUUGAAUUUGACUCCCUUUGAGAAUGAUAUGGAGUUUCUGAAGAUUGGAAAGGCAACUGCUAAUUUGAUUGAUUAUUUUCAUUGAAUGUUUUGAAUACUUCAUUAUUUGAUUUGAGAGUUAGUUAGUGUAUCAUAGAUAAAUUAUAUCCUUUUUAUUUUAGUCUAUAGUUUUUUUCCUUCAUGAAAUAUAGUCUAUACUUAUGUAUACUUUUAUAUAAUCAUACUCAAUGAAAUUUCGUUCAUUAA